AUGUCUGGAUACGCUCAGCAAGCCGUGGCGAAAAAGAAUGCCUCUGAGAAGCAAGGCCAGACAGCGGCCAAAGAGCGGCCCGAUCGUCGCCCAGACCGGACGAAACCAAUGAAGUUUGACAACGAGAGUGGCAAAUGUGGGAACCCAGCAGAAGACAACUGGCGCCCAGGCAAACGAAUGAACAUCCAGGCCCAGGAUACCGGACGAAUACAGAACAAGACGAUUGUCUCGGUGGAAAGUCCGGAGUGGAUGAAGUCCUUCUUCGAGAACAAUCGCUCGUACUUUGAACAGAAAGGGAUAGCUCAGAAGCUGAAGAAGCCAGCUGGAGGAGACGAAAUUGCUGCCGGUAUUGGCAGUUCGGCCAGGUCACAGGGCAAGAAGGUUGGAGCUGCGUUGCGAGAUGAUACGGGAGUAUCACUGAGCCAAAACGUCUCAGCGGGGAGCCCAGACUGGAUGAACGGCGCUUCGACGUGGAAGAAAGUCGACAAAGAAUCUCCUGGAAGUUGGCAGCGAGAUGGACACGACAGGUUCACUUUCCUGGUUCCUCGGGCAAAGAGUAGACCCGCCAACAGCAUGCAGCACCUGGUCGUUUCUGAUCAAGUUCCCGAGUGGAUGCAGACUGCAUCGGCCAUGGAGGCGGUGGAAGCGACGCCCCGACGAGCACGUUCCGCAGAUGACUUGUCGAGGCCGGCCGGGGUGGACACCCAUCGGAUUUGGGACCAGUCCUUCCGCAACAAAGCCAGCGGCAACAUUCAUCCAUCGACUGGCCGCAUAAACUACAGCAGCCUGCAAUCGCCCGAUUUUCCUUUGGAUUCUGGGCUGGAGCACCGGCAAGCCUACGAGGAGAGAGCGAAGUCGGCGCCAAACUCCGCCCGCAAGGGCUACGAUAACGGCUACAUUGCGGCCGGGGACAAGAUGAAGGACAGAAAGACCAAAAAGGGCACGGUGGUUGAUGGGGGCACUGGAAAGGUUGCCAACAACUCCAUUGUCUCCGUAGAGAGCCCGCAGUGGAUGAAGCAGCCCUUCGAGAGCAAUCGAUCAUUUUUCGAGAAGCAAGGGGUGGCUGAGAAAUUGAAGACCAUGUCGAAUGAGGAGCAUGAGGAUAACUUCAUCGCUGGUCGCAGGGUGCCAGUCAGACCUAAGCAGGUCUUCAAGCAAGUCAAGAACGAGGAGGGCAAGAUCCAGAACCUCAGCAUCGUUUCUGUUGGGGCUCCGCAGUGGAUGAAGUCGCCCUUCGAGUCGAAUCGCCCCUACUUCAUGUCUCAGGGCAUCGCUCAGCGCCGCCAGAAUGAGCCCGCAGCGCAAGUUUCCGCCAUGGAGCUGGACUUGCAAGAG